GAGAGAGAGAGAGAGAUGGAGGGAUGACAUAAAACGAUGCAGAGAGAGAGAAGGUGAAGAAAAAGAGAAUCGGACUGCACGCGCUCAGACUCCUUUAUGUCAUAUAACUGGAAUAUUUUCGGGAUUUCUUUUCAUUUUUUUUUUUUGUCUUUCCUUCCCAGCGGUGAUUUUUGCGGGCUAUAAACGAGCAGGAGAGCCGUGACUGGCAUCAUCAAAAUCUCUGACAUAACCACAUACACAUAUGGAUAUGGACGCACAUGAAGGAAGAUAUGUUUUUGUAUUUUAACAUUUGGACUCCAUUGAGAGAAAUAAAGUAAGAAUAUCGGUUACGCAUUCAUACACCCACGUACGCGCGGAGCGGACCUUGAAUAGAGGAUUUGAGUCUUUUUUUUAUCAUCGCUCCUGCGCUGUAAAGUUGCGAAGAAAUCUGGGGACUUGAAUCGUGACAGCAUGGAUGGAUUUGGUGCGUUAUUUGGCGCAUUCGGCGUCCGUCGCCCUCCCAGGAUAUGGUGCUGCUGGAGGCUUCUCUUUCUGCUCAGUGUCUUCUUUCAUAACUACCUGAGCUCCUUGUUGGACUGUCCGCCCACCUGCACCUGCUCGCCCACCGAGAUCUACUGCAAUAAGUCCGACAACAGCAAAUUCUUCCCGCUGCUGUCGUUCCAGGGCACCGGGAGCGCCGGGAACAGCACCGGGGGCAUCGAGGACCUUUUCCAGAACAUCACCUCUAUCAUCCUCUCUUCACCUCCAUCUCUCUGCUGUAAUGUUGCAGUUCCUGCUCUGUCCUGGCAGGCAAACAUUGUUGGUUUGUAUGUGUGAGAGGUC